AUGAACUUUCUCCGGCAGAUCACCGUGGCUCCUGUGGCCCAGUCCUUCAUUGGGGCAAGAUUGUUCUCGUGUACUUCGCUUGCUCUGGCCGAGAAGUACUACAAAAUCACCAAAUAUACCAAGCCAGUUGAUACAAACAUCUACACGGCAGGUGAUGAGGCUCCAUACAACAAAGUAAUUCCUCGGGUCAAGAAAUUGUACCCUGAGUACGAGUAUGAAACCAUGUUUUUUAAAAGACAGAACAGAGGGUUGUAUGGUGGACUCCAGCGUAAGAGAUCCAAGAUGUGUUCUGAGAGUGGUAACAAAACCCCCAGAGCACACUUGCCCAACAUUGUGAAGGCCAAACUAUGGUCGGAGACGUUGAACAAGCAGGUCAGUACACGUGUUUCUACCACCGUGUUGCGUACUGUGACCAAGGAAGGAGGUUUGGACAAGUACUUACUAAAAGAAAAGCCAGCCCGUAUCAAGACCAUGGGAUUGAAGGGAUGGAGAUUGAAAUACGACAUUAUGAAGCAGAAGGAGAUUUCUGAAAACUCGAAGGGCUUGGAUAAGACCGUGUACCAUGUUCUGGAGUCGGGAAAGAAGAUUACUGUGGGUAGAGGUAAGCUUUUGAAGGCAUUAUAUCCAUAUGUAUUUAAGGACAACUACGAGCCCAUUGAGUGGAACCAAUUUCUCAAAACGCAUACGGUGUUGACCACAGAGGAGCUUGUACAGAAGUUGGAGCAAUAUGGGUAUGACUUUGCUCCUGUGAGAAUUGCUGUCGGUUUGAACAAGGGCCACAAGACCACCGCUAAGGAGGUUGCCCCAAAGGUCUCUUACAGAAAGGGUGCUCUCUCCCAGAGAGCUGCUUUCGUCAGAUCCAUCGUGUCUGAGGUUUCUGGCUUGGCCCCAUACGAGAGAAGAUUGAUCGAGUUGAUCAGAAACGCUGGUGAGAAGAGAGCCAAGAAGUUGGCCAAGAAGAGAUUGGGUACUCACAAGAGAGCCUUGAGAAAGGUUGAAGAAAUGAACAAGUAUACUACUUCUCCACCAAUGUUCGGUCUUACCACCUCCCUUAAUAGGGCCCUUGCAGGCAUGCGUCCUAUGGCUCGUGCUACUGCUGUUAGUAACUCUGUUUUUGGAUCUGCUACUCAGGUGUUCACGCCCAUCAGAACCUUCAAAGUGAGAACCUCCGUCAAGAAGUUCUGUAAAGACUGUUACAUGGUAAGAAGAAAGGGAAGAGUGUACGUUUACUGUAAGUCGAACGGUAAACACAAGCAGAGACAGGGUUAA